AAGGCGUCCCUCGGGGAAGAGGGUGACGGGAGAGGACGGGGAGCGCAUGUGCAGAGCAGGCUUGUCGGUCGGCGUUGUUCUCUAUCUCAAUGGCGUUUCUCAGUCGUUUAACAUGACCGAUUACACCGAGGAGCAGCGCAAUGAGCUGGAGGCACUGGAGUCCAUUUACCCGGACUCGUUCACAGUGGUGUCGGAGAAUCCCACAAGUUUCACUAUCACUGUAACAUCUGACACUGGUGAAGAUGAAGAAACGGUUGAGGCAACAAUUCAAUUUACAUAUGUAGAACAAUAUCCAGAUGAACCUCCAAUUUUCGAAGUCAUUGGGCAAGAGAAUAUUCAAAAGUCUGAUGUUGCAGAUAUAAUAACGCUAUUAAAUGAACAGAUACAAGAAAAUAUUGGGAUGGUAAUGAUAUUCACAUUGGUGACGGCCGUACAGGAAAAAUUAAAUGAAGUUGUGGAUCAAAUAAAGUUCCGCAAAGAAAAAGAAAAAUUAUUAAAAGAAAAAGAAGCUGAAGAAGUUGAAAAGGCAGUUUUCCAUGGUACACCAGUUACGAUUGAGAAUUUUUUGUCAUGGAAAGCAAAAUUUGAUGCAGAGUUGGCUGAAAUCAGAAGAAAACGGCAAAGGGAAGAGGAGCAGGCUGGAAAAGUUAAAUUAACAGGGAAGCAACUGUUUGAAACUGACCAUAACCUUGAUACAUCUGACAUUCAGUUCUUGGAAGAAGGCAACAACGUGGAAGUUGAUGAAUCCCUGUUCCAAGAUAUGGAUGAUUUAGAAUUAGAUGACGAUGAUGAUGAAGAUCCAGAUUAUAAUCCUGAUUUAGGAAGUGAAGAAGACUAAGUCAAUACAAAUUAUUUUGUAAAAAACACCAUUCACAGUGGCAGAAUUUGUAUACAUCAUUGAACAAGGAUGAAGUCACAGCAUCUGUGACUUUUUGUACUGCAACUAGCACGUAGUGGUCAUAAAAUAUGAACUUUUUGUGCCCACCCUCAUGUAUGCUUCCAUAUGUAUUCAAUAAAUUUUUUCCAAAACAAAA